AGAUUUGGUGUUAGUAUAACACCUAAAAAUUUUAUUUCUUGAACUACCUUCAAUUCUUCAUUGUUAAUAUGAAAAGACAUAUGUUUCUUUGGCAGUUUGGUUCCAUUCCUAAAUAUCAUAACUUCUGAUUUCUUUGGGUUAAUUUUUAAUUUCAGCUCUUCAAAGUAUGUCUCCACCAAUUUAAUUUUCCUGCGCAAAGCCGCAGCUGUAGGCGCAAUUAUCACAAUAUCAUCCGCAUAGGCAAUCGAAUGCACAACCUGAUCAGCAAUUAUAAACGCAUAGUCAUCAUUUCUAAAGCAUUUGUUGAUAUCAAACGAGUAAAAGUUAAAUAGGUGGGAAAACCAUGGUUCUCCGUGUAGUAAUCCUCUUUUUGCUUGAAUCAAAAGAAUGAAUAUGAAAAUUUUGAUUUCAUUUCUCAUCUGUCUGCAUACUAUAUCCGUGAUCAAUGGAGAAAAAAUUGUCCAUACAUUAACUGGAAGUGUCAGAGGAAAAAUAACAAAAGUCUUUUGUAAUGAUGUAAUUGAGUAUUUAGGUAUUCCUUACGCACAACCUCCAGUUGAUAAACUCAGAUUUCGAGCCCCUCAACCAAUUGAGAAAUGGCACGGAAUUCUGAAUGCAACAAUAGUGGCACCCGUCUGCACCCAAGACCCCAGAAAUUCACGUUCCUCCACUGUACCGCGGAAUCUGCGUUACAUGAGUGAAGAUUGCUUAUAUUUAAAUAUUUGGGUUCCAGUUGAGCGACGAACAUCGAAACCGUUCACUACAAUGGUAUGGAUACAUGGUGGAGCAUACAAUAGAGGCAGUUCGACAAUAUCAUAUUAUAAUGGACGCUACUUAGCUUCUAUUGGGAAUGUUAUCGUCGUUUCGUUUAAUUAUCGACUCGGCUCAUUCGGAUUCAUGUAUUUAAACGACACCAGAAUGCCGGGAAAUAUGGGAAUGCUAGAUCAAGUUACUGCGUUGAGGUGGAUUUACAAUAAUAUAGAAUAUUUCGAAGGAGACAGAAAUAACAUCACUCUAUUUGGACAGAGCGCUGGCUCUGUCUCGAUUACGGAUCACAUGAUAUCACCUUUGUCUAGAGAACUGUUCGGAAGAAGUAUUCUUCAAAGUGGCACAAAUUACAAUAAUAUUUUUGUAAAAACACCAGAAGAGAAUGAGGAAAAAACAAAAGAAAUUGCCACGAUAGCUGGUUGUGAUACGAGAAACACAUACCCUGACGAUGUAAUAAAUUGUUUGUUAAGCUUAAAAGCCCAGGACUUAGCAGCUGCCGAAAGAAAAUUUGCAAAAAGUAAAAAUACGUCGCUGACUUUUACAGAGCAAGUAGAUGGUCAUUUUCUUCUCGACAACGGUAUAAACAGUAUUAAUAAAGGCGCAGUUCACAACAGAGAGAUGAUGAUGGGAUAUACCGCAACCGAAGGUUCGCAAUUUUUGUUAUCCUUUAAACCCAAAUUUCAAACAGAAGAUAUUCCGAAAUUACAUAAAUCAGAUGCAGAAUAUAUUCUGAGUAAAUUCUACUUCAUAAAUGGAACACAUCUUGAAGAUGCCUCAGAAGAAUAUUUUGGAAAAUUGUCAAAUAACGAUUACUCAUCCAUCGCUCAACGAACUGUUGAAGCGUUAGGAGACGGAUAUAUUUGCCCUAUUAGGGCUGCAGCGGAAAAGUUAUGGCAAUAUGAUAACACAGUUUAUUUUUAUAAUUGGAAUUAUUCUCAUAUUACAGCAGGUUAUAAAGAAUGGGAAGGUGCUCCUCGCUUUGAAGAUGUUUUCUUUGUAUUUGGAAUGCCGUUUAUGUAUCCUGAAUUUUUUACAGAAGAAGAGAAAUACUUUAGUUAUCAGAUCAUUCAACUGUGGACUUCUUUCGCAAAAACGGGAAAUGCUACAACUCUUCGAAUCUAUUUUAAACCAUAUUAUGAGAAAAUGAGUGAGGAUUGGUUACCGUUUGAUUCUAUUCAUCGAAUAAUUAUGAAUCUGGAACCUGAAAAAACCCAUAUUUACGAGCAGACGAUAAAAAAUGAAUGUGAAGUAUGGUUGAAGUUCUAACGAGAUGCGAGUUCUUAAAUUUAGCGGUGUACUAUUUCUUUUCAUUGUCAGUUUGUUAUAUUUACUUAUAUUUCAUAGAAAUAUCGUUCUGACUGUGUUUUUCAACAACUUAAUUAACAAAUAUUUUAUCAUUUUUUAAUAACUAAUAAAAUAAUAAUUAGAAAAUUAAAGUAAAUAAAUUCUGUAACUUAUAUCUCUUCGGAAGAUUAACGAUUAUACU